CAUAUAAAUGUAAUCAAAAAUAAUAAUUUAAUUUUUUAUAGGGAGAUUUUUAAUAUUUUUGACAACUUCAGAGAGGAGGUAAGAGUCAUAACAACCAUUGUUCAUCGUUCUUCAAUUGGCCGCAUUCAUGAGCGCUCUCGGCGCCUCGGCACGUCCAUCAUUGUCUUUCUCCCUGAAUCUAUGGAGAUCGUUGAACUCCGCUACUCGGCAAUUCUGUCGUCCCCCCCCCCCCCCCAAACAAAGGUCGAGCUCGGUGUUCCAGACCAGCAGACCCUGUUCCCCUAUUCCAUCCGUGCUUAAUUAUCUGCUCCAGAAACUCUGCAUACUUGCCCUGACUUGCUUUCACGUACACAAAUGUUUGCAUGUAUGGAGUCUAUGCUUCCAUUUUUGUAGUUGAUUCUGAUUGUUUAUGAUUUAGUGAUUUUAAUUUUUAUUUGUUUAAUUUUAAAUUUUUAGUGAUUGUUAAAUUGUGGAUUAUUGGAUUUUUAUUGCCGCCUUAUAAUAGUAUUUCAUGACAAUUGUUUAUAAAAAGAAAGCACUUCACAAAAAGUCUUCGUCAACAGCUACUUUCAGAAGACUUGAGUUUACUUGGCAGACCUUCUCCUUAAAAAUGAAUCAAGCGAGAGAGUGAAAACUAGUGAAGAGAAGCUAUUGCAGCUGUAAGGUGUGAGAGAAAGAACAGAUUGGACACAUGGCCGGUGGAAGUGGAAGUGGAAGUGCAAGUUGCGGAGAGAGCAUAGUGCAGAAAGUAGAUCUGAUUAACAUAGCACUUGCUCUGUCCCUAAAGGCUUAUGAAUCACCAGACAAGCCUUACCUUCUUGAAGAGAUUCGAAGCAACAACCCUCCUAAAGUCUUCAUUAGCUUCCCACCAUGUGGAUCUGUAAAGGACUGGUAUUCUCAGAAGCCCUUCGGAGAAUCCCAAAUAAACCGCGAUCUAUUUCCCUCUCUGAGAAGUAUUGGCAAUAAUGAAGCUGCUUUAGUGAACAAAUCAUUUCUGCAAAGAUUUGAAGCCAUUUUGGAAUCUUUUCGUGGUGAGGUAAUGGAAGCGAUGGCAAAAAAGCAGGCUGUAGUGUUUACAGGGCACUCCUCUGGUGCUGCAAUGGCCGUGCUUGCAACCCUCUGGGCCUUGGACACAAAUCUAACUCCCCACAAUAACCAGCCCUGUCUUUCGUGUUUCACGUUUGGGUCUCCCUUAAUUGGUAAUCACAUUCUGUCUCAUGCUACAAGACGAGAAAACUGGUCUAGCUACUUCUUUCAUUUUGUCAUGAAAUAUGACAUAAUGCCAAGACUUCUGCUUGCUCCACUCUCUUCAUUUGAUGACCGAAGAUUCGACCCUGUUCUUCAAUUUUUCAACCCCAAAUCUGAAUAUUUCAUGAACGACGAAUCACUUGACCAAUGUGUGACUUCAGACUUGUACUCUAAGGUCAUGACAAAUGUAGCGAAUGCUACAAGCCAUGCCGCAUGUAAGCUUAUGGGUAGCACAAAUGUAUCAGAGACGCUGGCAAGUCUUGUUACUUUAAGCCCUUAUAGACCCUUCGGAACAUACAUUUUCUGCUCUGGAAGUGGAAAGCUGACUGUCAUGACAAACCCAGAUGCUGUUCUGCAGCUCCUAUUUUUCUCUGCUCAAUUAAACAACGAAGAAGAAGCUGCUCAAGUUGCCACUAGAUGCCUGAAAGAACAUUUCGUCUAUGCUGAUGAACUCAGCCGAAGCUUGGCAAUGCAAAACGUGGAUGUCUCACAUGGCAAUGCCUUGAAUGACCUUGGACUUAGCAAAAGAGCCAGGCUAUGUCUUCAGGCUGCUGAAGAGUUUGAGAAACAAAAAAUAAGAAACGAGGAGCAAAUCGACUUGGAGAAAGCUAAAACAAACAUAAAGAUACUACAAGAAUACAAACAAAGAAACAACGGACGUGGAGUGAGCUAUUACGAAGCCUUCAAGCUUCAAACUGACCCAAGAGACUUCGAAUCAAAUGUUAGCAGGCUGAAGCUGGCAAGUGUAUGGGAUGACAUAAUUGAAAAACUAAGAAACUAUGAACUACCAGAUGAAUUUGAAAGCAAGAAAGAAUGGGUGGAGCGUGGAACCGAGUUUCGACGCCUGAUGGAGCCGCUGGACAUUGCCAACUAUUACCGCCAUCCAAGGAAGGGCGAUUCGGGAACUUACCUGGAAGGAAAAGGAAGGUCAAGCCGAUACAAAUACACUCAAAGAUGGCUGGAACAUGCAGAAAGAAGGCCAACAGGAGCUUACUCAGAAUCGUGCUUAAUGGCUGAGGUGCAAGAGCUUUGGGCCAAAACUGAAGAAGGAAAACCAUUUGAACAAGUGAGGGAACGUGUCCUUAAACUUGAAGAUGAUAUCAAACGAUGGAGUGAGGAAAGAGUCCUCUCCGAGGAUGUUUUGCUCAAGGGUUCGACCCUUAUGAAGCUGUGGAACAGUCUUCCAAACCAGCACAAGCAAGGAUCCUGCAUAAAGAGUCUUGUAUGUAUCCAAGGGUAAUUUAAUCUGUCAUCGUAUUAUGUCUAUCGUGUUUGUGUCUGUAACUCCAUGUAACUUAUGUUUGGCUACUGCUAUUGGUGAUUAAAGCCACCUGUGUUUGCCCUGGUUGCGGCUUGCGUUUGUUUCGAAGAGAUCAUGCCUUGUUGCCAAUAAGCCAGAAAACCCUUGGUGACUGCUUAAAUCAGUUUUAAUAAUCCUCUUAUUCUUACA